CUGUCUCUGUGUGGCUUGACGCAGCUGUUCUCCUGUGAUGCCGCCAGAUGAUGGAAGGAUGCUAUGCGCAUGCGCACAAAUGGAGGCGGAUGCGGCAGGAGAGGGACCAUGAGAGUCAAGUCAACAACACGCAAGCAAAGGAGACAAGGAAAGGAUCCAUACAGCAGCAGGAGUGACGCAGAGCAUUCUAUGCAGUCGUUAUUGAGGUUGAAAUGGGGAGAAAAACAGAGCUUCGCUCUUUGGACUGAUCUUCCAUCAUCACAGGCCCCAGCAGUCUAUGAUCAGUGGAGACACUUCCUCACAUGAAGAUGAUCCGAUGAGAGACACUUUCAAAGGACAAGGGAUUCUUGUUUUGUAGCGCAAAGGUGUCAGCGAGUUUGUUUUUGGAAAAGAAAAUGAAGAUUUGGAGCACGGAGCAUAUUUUCAGUUACCCAUGGGAGACAGUGAUCAAGGCUGCGAUGAGAAAGUACCCUAACCCCAUGAACCCUAAUGUCGUAGGGGUGGAUGUGCUGGACCGCGGUCUGGACACUGAGGGACGUCUACACAGCCACAGACUGCUCAGCACAGAGUGGGGCCUACCAGCCAUCGUACGAGCGAUCCUGGGCACCAAUCACACACAAACCUACGUGAAGGAACACUCCAUAGUCGACCCAGAGGAGAAAAAGAUGGAGUUGUGCUCCACAAAUAUCACUCUCACCAACUUCAUAUCAGUGGAUGAGAGGCUUCUUUACAGACCACACCCAGAAAACCCUGAGGUUACCAUUCUGACCCAGGAAGCCAUCAUUACUGUCAAGGGAGUUAGCCUGAGCAGUUACCUGGAAGGAAUGAUGGCCAGGAGAAUGUCAGCCAAUGCCAGAAAGGGUUGGGAUGCUAUUGAGUGGAUUAUUCAGAACUCUGAAAGAGAACGUACCUCUCUGUGAUGUUUACUAACUCUGGGCUGCAGCUCUACAGUGAUGACUUCUCUCCCUGUCUACUCCCUUUAAACCACAGGGGAUCCUCAGCAUCCUGGAACUCAUAUACUGUAUAUACACACAGCUGUCCUUUUAAGGACUCACAUUUUGAC